AUGCGCACAAUGAUCAUCAGCAUAAUCGACGAAGUGACCAAGCACCACGACUUUGUGUCGUACACGCACCUGGUCAACCAGCACAUCGCGCUCGGCGGGCUCGGGGUGCCGCUCGCGCCCGACGUGGGGGUCGAGCUCGCGCGCCUGGGGAACAGGAUACAGACGUGUGACGGCACCAGUGCCGAGGUGAAGGAGGAGGCCGCGAGCUGGAUCCGGCGCGUGUUCGCAAUGCACGAUGGUGGGCGCGGGCAGCGUGUGAUGACGCAGGGAUGCUACCCCGACCUGCAGCUCUCUAGCUCGUCACGCACGUCCUCGGCCUCUGCGCCGUCCUCUCACGCCCUCGCAAUCCGCCCCGACCCCGCCCUCGCCGCGCUCGCAGCCGCGUUCGCCGCCCAACGCGCCGACGACGUGGCCCAGCGCGCUGAGAACGCCCGGCUGCUCCGCGCGCUCGUGGAGCGCGUGGAGCGACUGCAGAAUUCGCUCGACGCGUUCGCUGCCGCGUGA